CAACGGAGAGUAUAUAAGAGAGCGCUUUAGCCCCCUCCGUCAUUCUGACUUCAGAACUCUAACCGACAACAUGGAAAACAUAGCAGCUACUUUCGAAAUGAUGGUGAAUUCUUUCACCGACGCUGAAGAAUUAAUGAAUUUUGCUGCGACAUGGGGGAUACAGGAUUCCCCCGGGGUGCGGUUUCGACUAUUUCAGUUAAGGAACCCACAAUAUGGAGAUGACUUUGUGAAUGAACAAAUGGAAAGAUUACUCGACAGUUUAAACGACACAAUGCAGAACCGAGAAGACACGGAAAAUUUUGAUUUGGCGCUAGAGUACGUAAGAGAGCAAGAGGAAAUCGAGGGUGCAGUAAGAGCACUAUUAUUUGACGAAGAAAUGGAUAAGAUGGCGACUGCUUGUGUGGAAGACGGGGAGUGGAGCCCUCAAUCACCAGGGCUACAAGUAGGGAGUGGGGAUGAGCCUCAAGCGGGACCCUCUCAUAGGCCCGACGCCCCACGGGAGCUUCAGUAUACGAUAAGUAAAAAAUCAGAAAGGACAUACGCAACAAAAGCAGCGGUGGAUCGUACAUAUCAAGUGAAAAUUGAUGAACAGUAUAAUGGACAGAGACUGCAAGAUGUGAGACAAGGACUUCACCAAAUGUUUGAAGACGUGCUCGAAGAAGCCCGGGGCAAUUUGGCGGGGAACGAUUUGGGUCGUGUCGUUAUUCAUCAUCAAGGAUUACACGACCCCAUCAUUGUGCCCCUCCAGCCCUGGGACCAGUUGACCGCCAAUAAAGUGAUGGAAAUCAUCGAAAAGGUACUGAAUAGCAACCAAAACUUGUCCAUCGAUGAAAGCUUCUAUAUUUCUAUAGGCUCCAUCGAAUUACCAAAAGGAAGCGGUGGUCCACGACGAAGAAUCACUAAACUAAAAGGAAAAAAUAAUUCGUUAAAGUUGAAAACCUCUAUAGUGACCAUCGAAAAUGAUGACCAAAUGUGUAUGGCCAGGGCGAUCGGGGUGAGCUGGGCCAAGUUAAACAGAUGUAGCCAAGACGAAUGGAAAGAAAUUGCUAAAAACCGCCAAAAGAAGUCUAAUAUACAGCUUAUACUAGAACAUCAGCAAGUGCCAGAGAGUUACUAUAAACAUCUACGUUCAAAAUCUCGCGAUGAACAGAGACAACUAGCGGUAGCCAUCAGCCAAUUAGCCGGAGUGCCCUUAGAUCGGUCCGCUAGUUUAAACGAUGUAGAGGCGUUUGAAGAAGUGUUGGGAGUGCGCGUGAUGGUGGUCAGUGCUAGACUAGGUAACAAGUUCAUAACUAGCCCUAGUAAGGACAAGCGUCCAUGUAUUUACCUGUAUCUCGUGGACGACGACCACUUUCAUGCCAUUACCAGCAUCACGGGAUUCUUCAGCGCGAUGUAUUUCUGCGACCAAUGCCUCAAACACUACGACCAUAGAGAAAGACAUCAGUGUGAGACCUCGUGUAUAGUAUGUAAGACGGAUAAUUGCCCGGAAACAGAAAAUACAGUCAAAUGUGAUAACUGCAAUAUGACAUGCAGAUCAGAAAAGUGCUAUAAUCAACACAAGACAGUACCGGUACACAAAAAAGGAAAAUGUAAAGGAAAACCCAAUGGACUAUCCCAAUGUCAAAAAUACUGGAAAUGCCCAACAUGCUACAAAGUCAUAAGGACCGACAAAAGGAAAAAAGAAGACCAUGAGUGCGGAGAAUAUUUGUGUAACUCGUGCGAACAAUAUGUAAUGGAAGGACAUUUAUGUUAUCUCAGAUCAAUACCAGCCAAGGAACAUUAUAAUUCUAAAUUUAUAUUUUUUGAUUUUGAAUGUUGUCAGGAUGAAGUGUCAGAGUGUGAAAAUGGAUAUGUAGCGAGUAGAAAAAGAGAUUGUAAAGACUGUCAAUCACAUGAGGUAUGUAAAUCUUGCUCUAAAUGUCAACACUGUAAAUCAUCUUGGUGCGGAAAAGCCACUCAUCGUCCCAAUUUCGUAGUAGCACAUACUGUAUGUCCAAAAUGUAUCGAUAAACCAUUGACCCCCGAAUCUAUAUGUAAAAAAUGCGGUACGCGGUGCGACGAAUGUGACAACUCUGAGCUACAUGAUAAUGAAGACCCAGGACCGUGUCCGGGUAAAUGUGGAUUCAGAGAAGUCACGUUCGAAGGAGCCGACACUGCAGAAAAAUUUGGUGAAUGGUUGUUUUCCCCUCAUCACGAAUAUUUCAAAGUAUUUGCUCAUAAUAUGAAAGGUUACGACGGCUAUUUUCUGUUAGAGUACUUAAUAGACCAAUCCAUGAGACCGGACAAGAUUAUUUACAGUGGCUCCAAAAUUAUGUAUAUGACAAUAGAGUCGGAUUUACAUAUCAAAGUGAUUGACAGUCUCAACUUUUUACCUAUGAAAUUGUCCGCCCUCCCUAAAGCGUUUGGAUUGACUGAAUUAAAGAAAGGUUGGUUUCCUCAUUACUUCAAUACUAGCGAGAAUCAGAAUUAUGUAGGCCCGUACCCAGAUGCUCAGUGUUAUGGUCAUGAUUUUAUGAGUGAGAAAGAGAGAGCUGAAUUGUUAGUGUGGUUGAGUGAGAGAAAGGACGACGUGUUUGAUUUUAGAAAAGAAAUGUUGGAUUAUUGUAGAAGUGAUGUAGAUAUUUUAAGACAAGCGUGUUUGAAAUUUAGAGAGUUGUUAAUGAGUGCUACGGGUGAAAGAAUAGAGGUGGUGAAUGAAAAAGGAAAGAAAGAAAAAACGUGGGUCGGAGCCGUGGAUCCAUUCGAUUCCGUGACCAUAGCUUCCGUCUGCAUGAAUGUCUUUAGAACCAAAUUUUUAGAAGAAGAAUGGAAAGUAAAAUUAGAGGGCAGGGAUGAUUGGAUACCUUCAAAAUUAAUAGACGGAAAGCUUUAUGUGUUGCGCGAAAACGAAUGGAUCCUCGAAACCAAACUCACGGGUGAGAAAGUAAGUGAGACAGAAUUUGUAAGGACACCCAUAGCGAAAAUUUCUCCUAAUGGUUAUAAUGAUCAAUAUAGCGAAGCGUCCAUACAAUGGUUAGAAUGGGUGGCGUGUACAAAAAACGUCAAAAUUCAGCACGCUUUAAAUAAGGGAAAGAAAUCUUUACUGGGAACACGUUACAAAUUAGACGGUUACUGCGAGGAAACAAACACGGCCUAUGAGUUCCAUGGUUGUAUCUUUCAUGGAUGCCCUGAUUGUUUCGCAGAUAACCGAGAAGAAACGCGUCACCCACUCACCAACCAAUCAUUAGAUGAAUUGUACGCGUUAACGAUGAAAAAGAAAGCUUACAUCCAACAGUUAGGCAUGAAAUACGUUUGCAUUUGGGACCACGAAUUCAAAAAACAAAAGAUUCAAAAUACUGAACUGAAACAAUUCGUAGAAAGCUUAGAUAUAAUUGAUAGGUUAGACCCGAGGGAAAGUUUCUUUGGGGGUCGCACCAAUGCCAGUCAACUUUAUUACAAAGCGGAAGAACAGGAAAAAACUAAGUACGUGGAUUUUACGAGCUUGUAUCCAUGGAAAGAGGGAGUUUCGUUGGAUCGGGCAAACAUCUCGAAGAACCCAGGUUUGAGAGCUCUGGCUAAAUUAUGUCUCAACAGUUUUUGGGGUAAGUUUGGUCAGAGACUCAAUAUGCGCCAGACAGAGUUCUUUCACGAACAACAGGUCAACCUCUUUUUCCAGUUGUUUGCCGAUCCGACGAAAGAACCUUUAAAUUUUCAUAUACUUACCAAUGACAUGAUACAAAUAGAAUGGCAAUAUAAACAAGACUGCCAACCCGAAGAUAAUAAAACGAACAUCUACUUAGCUACGUUUACUACAUGCUGGGCAAGACUCAAACUCUACAGUGUGCUCGAAAAGCUCGAUAGACGAGUGCUGUAUUACGAUACGGACAGCGUCAUCUAUGUGAGUCGCCCUGGACAGUAUGAUCCGCCAUUAGGAGAUUACUUGGGUGAACUCACGGAUGAGCUGAGUGGAGGGGAGCAUAUUGUAGAAUUUGUGUCGGGUGGUCCUAAAAAUUAUGCCUAUAGAACCAAUAAAAACAACGAAACUUGUAAAGUCAGGGGUUUCACAUUAAAUUAUACAAAUAGCCAACUCAUCAACUUUGAAAGUGUGAAAGAUAUAGACUUAUUUGAUGAAAUGGAACGGUCCAUUCCAAAUUUUUACAGUAAACGAGGUCUACCAACAGCGGAAGAAAUGGAUGACUUUACCAAAGACAAAAGACAUAAGCUGAUUAUCAUUGAUGAUCUCAUGCAUGAAGUGAUGAAAAACAAAGAUAUGGAGCUACUCUUCACGCAAGGUUGCCACCACAGGAGAGUAUCUGUCAUACUUAUCACGCAAAACCUGUAUCCAGGAGGUAAACAUGCCAGGACAAUUGCCUUAAAUACUUGGUAUAUGGUAUUGAUGAAAAAUUUAAGAGAUGUGUCUCAGGUGGGAAUAUUGGGACGUCAGCUCUAUCCCGGUAAAUCGAAAGGAUUUGUGAAAGCCUAUGAGGACGCCUUAAGUACAAAACACGGUUAUUUUUUGGUAGACAUGAGUCCACAUGCUGAGGAUAAAUACCGUCUAAGAACGCAUGUUUUUCCCGGCGAGGACCCUUUAGUUUAUAAACUAACGUAA